CAUCUCACGCCCUCACUCGCAACCCUACACACACACAAACACACACAAACACAAACACCACCCCCUCACCCCUCACGCAAUCACACAAAACACAAACAAACACGUAGAAAAAGAAAAAGGAAACUCGUUAAACUCGUUAUCCCCAUCCGCCCAUGACACUCAUCACUCUGCCCAAGCCAGCAGCCAGACUCAGUGCCAGCUACCUACCUAGGUACAAAGACCUACCAAGCACGCGGCCAAGCGCGCCGUCUCUCAUCUCUGCCCCUGCACAACACAACACAACACAACACCCUGCUCUACGCUCUACGCCCUGCAAGGAUGAACGCACUAACGAGCUAGCAAUGCCUGUCUCCUGUCUCCUGAACCUCCUCUUUACGUGACGCAGGGCUAGAAACCCCGCCAACUAGGCAAGCAAGCAAGCAAGCAAUCGACCAAGCAGGCUGUCAGGUUGCGCGAUGUCGUAUCCAACGCCACGCACGCUGCUGUCGCUGAUGGUGAUGUGCCUCCGCUCCCCUACCCUCCACCCCCCUCCCCACGCACGCACUCACUCGUCAUCCGUAUCCUGGUGCGAGAUCAACAA